AUGAGCCCUCCUCAAAUUUCAAGCCCACCUCACCAAUACCCCCAAGAAAUCCAACUCAAGCUCUACCAAGCUUUCAUAUUCUCAAUCCCCAUCCUUUUCUCAAUCAUUCUUUUUCUCCUCUUCUAUCUGUUUUACCUCAAGAGACGAGCCUCCUCCGAGCGAUCGGCCCCACAUCUUCUCCCGAGGACAGUUAACGGCUCAGCUACAACAACAUCUCCUCAUGACCCGUGUUCGAAAAGUGAGCUGAAGACCAAGCUAUGCAGGAUUUCGUUCGAUGAUGAGUAUACCGAAACAAACGACUCCUUGUGUUGUGUUUGCUUAGGGGAAUUCGAGACGAAAGAAGAGCUAGUCCUAGUUGAAAAGUGCAAGCACGUGUUCCACGAGAGCUGCAUCCACCUUUGGCUCCACACGAACGCAACUUGUCCACUUUGCAGGGCCUCGGUUGGCUGUCAUACUAAUACUUAUCACAAAAACGUCGAGCCUCGAUUAUCUCACCAACAGCUGCCCGGAUACAGUGAAGCGGACCACACGCAGCAAAUGCAUUUGCCGCGUGGCGUAAGGAUUUCUUCAGAGGGGUCAGCCAGCACGAGUGGCGAUAUCGCGUGUUGA